AUGUCUGAAAGUUUGCAGCACAUGCGGGAGGUUAGAAUAUUAUUUCUGCUGAAAAAUUUCACUACAGCGCAGUCGGACGAGCUGGAGGAACUUUUCACUUUCUGCGACCAGCAGCAAAUGUUGAAUGUACUCGCAGUGUUUAGAGAUUUUCCGGCAACCGGUCGUUUGAACUCUUUCACUCGUUUUCCGAAUUUCACUUUGGAGAGUUAUCCGUGGUCUGGGAUAUGCUAUCGGAGUCGUCUUAAGGACUUGCAGGGUUAUGAGUUGCGUAGCAUGCCGUCACAAUCCGAACCGGGAUCCAUCGUUUAUACAGAUGCUCUUGGUGAAAAGCGCAGUUCUGGUUAUGUUUACCAUCUAAUUUCCACCUUCGCCGGCAAGUUGAAUGCCACACUUACUUAUAGGGCACCGCUGAAUGUAGGUGCGAGCAUCGAAAUCUCCAUUCUGGCAGACUUAACCAGCAAUUAUGAAUUGGAUUUGCCCAUUGGCUUACAAAUGCCUGUGGAGAACGUUUCGCUUUACGCGUUCUCAGACAUUGUGGAGAUCAGCAACUGGAUGCCAAUGCUGCCACGGUCGGGCUAUAUUGAGCGUUACCAAAUCUACAAGUAUAUCUUUCAAAGCAAUACGUUGAUAAUAGAUGUAACGAUUUUCAUUAUCUUCUCAUUGCUCUACACGUACAUAAUCAAUGGCCACGAAAGCCAUGGUCUGAUAUGGAGCACUGUCUACAGUGCACAAUUGCAUGCCUUUAGCAGUCAACCACCUUCGGGAGAACAAAUAAAAAGCUACGCUGAUUUAAAAACUCGUGGCAUACAAAUCGUUCUUCCGCUAGAAGAGUAUGAGGUACUUGAGAAAUUCAUGCCCGAGUCUUUUAUGGUGAACUACAGAGAUCUUCUGCUCGUUAUUCCCGAGUUGCGGAAUUUCUACACACUUCGGAAGAGCCUCAACACAGGCUUCGCGUAUUCCACACAUUCGGAAAUGUGGGCGAUGGUCGAGCGUCAGCAACGCUACUUCUCUCAACGCCUAUUUCGCGUUUCCGAAGAGGUGCAGUUCCAUCGCCAAAUUUUACUAGCAGUACCCUUGGCUGAGAAUAGUGUCUAUCGCGCUACAUUCAAUGAAUAUUUGCUAGAGAUGCAGGCGUACGGUUUCUGGCAUCACUGGACUGAAAUGAGUUUGUUUGAAAUGAUCAAGGCGGGAAAGUUGAGCUUGGAGGAUUUGACUAUACCUCGCCACUAUGAGCCUCUAUAUUUUCAGGAUCUCUAUUAUAUUUGGUUGAUGUAUAUUUUUGGCAUUGGCAUUGGAAGUCUUUGCUUCAUGGCAGAAGUUUUAAAGGAAAAGUUUAAGCAAAACAAGAGCUCCAGCAAUGGUCAGGGCUAUUUUACAUUGCUUUGGAAGGAGCUUAAGCAUAUGUUAGAAUAG